AUGUCUGAAAUAAGUAAUGAGUGUAAAAAAGUUCCUCGGUAUGGUUUAAUAAUGCCAAUAGAUCAUAAAUAUCCAGAACAAUGGAAACAAACCCUUCGGGUACGGUGGAGAGAAGUUUUGAAGCUGUUUGGCUUGGGAUUUCGAUUUCGAUCAUAUUGCAGCCAAGUUUCUCGGGAAGGCCGUAUUCCAUUGAUGGAUUAUUCAAACCUUGUGAAUGACAGACAAAUUUAUGGUGUACCAAUAGGUGGAAUAGGAACAGGAUCAAUAGGUCGUGGAUUCAAUGGAGAGUUUUGUCGGUACGCAUUGAUACCAGGAAUUUAUAAAUACGAAACGGCACUUGCUAAUCAAUUUAUUGUCACAGUUCGAAACACUGACGGCAAGACUAUUUAUCACCAAGUGUUAUCGCCACUUUCCCGAGGCAAAUAUUUGUCUUCUUGGAAAUGGGGAUUUAACGGCAAGAAUGCUAAGUACACAGGACUCUUUCCACGAGCUUGGACAGAAUACGAUAUCAAAGAAUUGAAUGUUAAACUUAUUUGUCGACAAAUAUCACCGGUAAUCCCAAAUAAUUAUAAAGACAGUUCUUUGCCGUGUGCAGCCUUCAUUUGGGAAAUAAUUAACGAGUCUAAUGUUGAUUUGGAUGUCAGCAUUACAUUUACAUUCCAGUCUGGUAUGGGCGGUUCUUCAAUCCCAGGGGAAAAAUGGACAGAAUGUUUUGAAUAUAAAAAUGAAGUUAGGGGAGUGAUGAUACAUCAAGAAUUGAAGGGUAUGCCUUGCACGUAUGCAAUUGCUUCGAAAGCCAGUACUACGAGUGACGUUGACAUUUCACGGACGUUGAUAUUCGAUCCCUUUGGCGAUGGAAGCGAAUUGUGGGAGUUACUUGAACGUACAGGCAAACUUAAUACCUCAGCUACUCGACUUAAAUCUUCUCCAACACUGAAACAUGUCGGAUGCGCGGUAUGCUCUUCUCUGCGUGUUCAGGCAAACAACUCACGAGAAAUUGAAUUUUGCUUGGCUUGGGAUAUUCCCAAAGUUCAAUUUCACUUUAAACUCAGACAAUAUUUAAGAUAUUAUACCAAAUAUUUCUAUAAUGAUAAAGAAACGGUAGUAAAGGAAAUAUCCCAUUAUACGUUGAUGAAUUAUAAUUCAUGGGAACAUGAUAUUUACAAUUGGCAACGACCCGUAUUGGAUGAUAUUGAUUUACCUGACUGGUAUAAAAGCGCACUGUUCAAUGAAUUGUACUACAUCGUCGAUGGAGGUACCGUUUGGUUGCGGGCUGAUGAAACCGAUAAAUUUAAAAACUCCGAUCCAAGAAAUGAAUACGGUCGUUUUGCGUAUUUAGAGGGCCAUGAAUAUCGAAUGUAUAAUACAUAUGACGUACAUUUUUAUGCUUCAUUUGCGUUGGCGCAGCUGUGGCCAAAUUUACAAGCUAGUUUACAGUACGAUAUUCGUGAUGCUAUUCAAAUUGAGGACUCAUCUUUGCGCACAACUUUUUACGAUGGUACUAAAUCUAUACGUAAAGCCAAAGGUUUUGUACCACACGACAUCGGGGAUCGAUCUCAAUGUAUACUCAUCAUGUUAUUAUAAUUAAAUGUGUUGGGUUUUUUGUUAUUGUUGUCAUAAUUAUCAUUAUUAUUACUAUUAUCUCGACGUUGUAUUAUUAUGCAAAAAUACUAGUUUAUUUCAAUAUUCCUGUACAAAAAAAAUCUCAGUGCAGUGUGUUUUGUAU